CCCGUCGCACCACAGCGCGGAACAGCCGGCCUCGCCAUUGGUCUCCCUGGACGUCAGUCUGCCGGAGAGGGGGCGGGAGCAGGGAAAUCGAGCCUGUGCUCUAGUUUCUCUUCUCACACAGAUGCUGCCGCUGGGUCAGUGUCAUGCCGUGUUUUAAUAAUAACGGAGUCAAAACAGCGACAGCGAGGAGAAGCUGGGGAAACACUCACAUCAGCAUUUCUGCUUUUUGAGACGAGCGGACAAUGUGACAUAACCCAGCAGCAACUUCCGAUACAAAAAGACUAAACGCCCUUUAUCCACCUUUUUAUUCGUCUUUCACGACCUCUUCACGGCUGCUAUUGUCUCGCUCACCUUUGACACAGCUGGCGGGCAGUCACCGGCUCUACUUGUGCACUUCACUGCGGUCAUCCAUCUGCGAGGAGGCCUGCGGUUUGUUGGUAAACACGAAUCGGAUCCCGACGGCAAGGACUCCAUCUGGUGCAUUGAUGCACCCGUUUCAGUGGUGUAACGGGUGCUUCUGUGGUCUCGGACUCGUUUACUCCAACAAGUCGUGCACCAUGCCGCCCAUCACCUUCCAGGACCUACCUCUCAACAUCUACAUGGUGAUCUUCGGGACAGGCAUCUUUGUCUUCAUCCUGAGCCUCAUCUUCUGCUGUUAUUUCAUUAGCAAACUACGACACCAAGCACAGAGUGAGCGGUUUGGAUACAGAGAGGUAGUUUUAAAAGGAGAUCCAAAAAAGUUGAGUCUUCAUGGGCAGACGUGCGCUGUGUGUCUGGAGGACUUCAAAGUGAAAGACGAGCUGGGAGUGUUGCCAUGCCAACAUGCUUUCCACAGGAAGUGUUUGGUAAAGUGGCUGGAGGUGCGCUGUGUCUGCCCCAUGUGCAACAAACCCAUAGCCGGCCCGCCUGAGCAGCACCACAGUAUAGGAACUCUGCUGGAUGAACUGGUAUAACCUCUCAGCCUCAACCAGCCUGGUCGGGACGCCGACGCCCGGCCAAACUAGCUGGUGUGAGUUAGUGACCAACAGGAAGAGGGAGACCGCUUUGCUGUUUAAACACGGCAAAGCACAAAAAUGAUCUGAAGGAUGCUGUUGCCUAGCAACAAUCUCCAUGAUAGCAACACAACACCUUGUGGUGUCUAAGAGAUUAUCUUCAGCCGCCCACACAUCACUCCAGCACUCUCCUUUCACGAUCCCGUUCUACAUGCCUUUUCUCCACGUCCCUCACAUCCUCUCUUGUUGGUUCGACUGAGGUUAACAGCAGCACUGAAUGGAGGGCAGUUUUUUCUCACUGAAGUGGACAAAUGAGUGUUGAUGAACAGCAGUGCUCGCAAGAAGAUGCCGAUCCCCUCUGAGUGUGUAUCAGUGCUGCCUGUAAUGUGCUACCAGGGGUUAAAUAUUAUCCAUAUUGGCUGAGUUAUUUAAAACUCUGGAAAAAUUAUUCCAGUAUGUGGCACUCCAUGAAUUUUUUUCAGUUGACAACUUUUGAGACAAAAUUAUAGUUUGUGUUUGGCAUCCUCGGCAGUAGCUCAAGGUCAGUUUUUAAGAUGUAGUAGAAAAGAACAGGCAGAAGAACAACAAACUGAAGCCGGGGAGAAUAAAUAUCACUGUAGCAAAGACACAGAGGGCUUGAUAAAACUAAGAAAUACUUUUUUUUAUGAUUAAAUUGAGGUCAUGCUGCUAAAAUUCAAGGAAAGACGACCCGUUUGCUGUGAAUCCUCCAGACAGUUGGCUGCUCUAUAUAUAGAAAAAAGUCCAGGACUGCCGAACGUUUGUAAAAACAGCCUUCGAGAUGCAGCUCCAGCUUUCGUCCAUGUGUGAUAAACGUCUGCAUCAAGUCUCUCUUACAAACCAGUUAUUUCUGAUGUAACGUCUAAAAUCCAUACUGGUGCCAACCCCUACAGUACCACAGGCUCUAGCUGUUUUCUGUUGUUGUUGUUCAAGGGGAUGUUUUAUUGUCCUGUUGUGUUCUCAUGUUAAUAUAGAAGGAACACAUCCUGACUUUCACGGUAACAGUUUUGUUGAAAUGUGUUGAAAGGGUUUUUUAUUUUUAGGUUUUGCACUUUGAGUUCAGACACGCACACACGCACACACGCACACACACGUUUCCAUGCCUUUGUUCUUAUAAAUGUUAGACUUCGGUUUGGUUACAGCACAGCUGUGUUUUGAGGUGUGGUGAAUCUUUCAUAAAAGUCUGUGAAGUAUCAGAGCUGGGUGAUAAAGGGAGCAGCAGUGCAAGCCCUCAAUGAAUUCACCUGGGAAGCAACUAAAUCUCACUCUCAUAAACCGCGUUUUCGUGGCAUUAUUGCAGGUGGUUUACAUUCCUCAGCCGUAAGUUAUUUUUGUCUAUUUUGUGAUUUACAGAUUUUGAAAGCAAAACACUGCCUAAAUUGAGCACAAAACUCACAAAGCACAUUGUCCAGAUACAGCAGGCAGCUGCACUGUAAUUAAAAUGUGCCAUGUGCCAAAAAGAAAGAAAAGAAAACAACAAACAAACAAACAAAAAAAGAGUUGAUCAUGUUUCAUUUUCUGCACACGAGAAAAAGAAAUGUUCACUCUGAUUCUGACCACAUUCCACAUUUUGUAAUCCAACAGAUGUAAAUAAGUUAAACAAUAAAAAAUACAGUUCUCUGGUCA